AACACCAUUAGCUAAACUUGCUAGUCCCAACUCGUUGCUUGAAGAUGAUGAUGUGGGUCUUAUCCUGCGCCUCUACUGGUUAUCCUACUCACUCUCUUCGAGCUUCUUUCAAAACCAAAGCUAAAGUUCGUUCAAGCUCUCAAGUCUCGGUCUCUUUGAGCACGCAUCAUCAUCAUCAACAACAACAACAGCAACAACUUCUUCUUCAUCAUCAUCAAGACCAUCCCUUUGUACCAGAGGUUGUGAAAGCAGUGGACUCCUUAUAUUCAGAAUUCAGAGCUGUGGAUAAUUUGGUGGCAUGCAAUACCGCCCGUGUUCUAAAAGCUUUCCAGAAUGCUCGAGUUGGAUCUCAUCACUUUGGCGGAUGCACUGGCUAUGGCCAUGAUGAAGCUGGGGGACGUGAAGCACUUGACCAAGCUUUUGCAGAAAUUUUUGGAGCUGAAUCUGCGAUAGUUCGCUCACAGUUUUUUUCAGGUACUCAUGCGAUCACUUGUGCAUUGUUCGCCUUUUUAAGGCCAGGGGAUGAGCUUUUGGCAGUCGCUGGUGCUCCCUAUGACACAUUAGAGGAAGUUAUUGGAAAGAGGGACUCCCACGGACUGGGUUCUCUGAAAGAUUUUGGAGUGAACUACAGAGAAGUUCCACUUGCUGGGGAUGGUGGACUUGACUGGGAUGCACUUGUGGGUGCUGUUAAACCUCAAACAAGAUGUGCACUCAUACAGAGGUCAUGUGGUUAUUCAUGGCGUCAGAGUUUAAGCGUAAAUGAAAUUGGAAGGGCAAUUAUGGCAAUUAAGAUGCAGAAUCCUAAUUGCUUGGUCAUGGUGGAUAAUUGCUAUGGUGAAUUUGUGGAAAGCAUUGAACCCCCAAUGGUGGGUGCAGAUUUGAUUGCAGGCAGUUUGAUAAAAAAUCCUGGUGGAACCAUUGCACCAUGCGGUGGAUAUGUUGCAGGGAAGGAAAGAUGGGUAAAAGCAGCUGCUGCUCGUCUCUCUGCUCCAGGGCUUGGGGUUGAUUGUGGCUCAACUCCCGGUGAUAUUAUGAGAGCUUUUUUCCAGGGGUUAUUCCUUUCGCCUCAAAUGGUUGGUGAGGCAAUCAAGGGAACCUUUCUGGUUGCUGAAGUUAUGUCAUCGAAAGGGUAUAAGGUUCAGCCACUUCCUCGUGUCCAACGCCAUGAUAUAGUUCAGGCUGUACAGCUCGGAAGCCGUGAGUGUCUUCUUGCUUUCUGUGAGGCUGUUCAGAGAAGCUCUCCAGUUGGCUCAUUUACUAAACCAGUCGCUGGUACAACUCCUGGAUAUGCAUCAGAGGUGAUCUUUGCUGAUGGAACCUUCAUUGAUGGGAGUACAAGUGAGCUCUCAUGUGAUGGACCAUUAAGAGAGCCAUUUGCUGUUUACUGCCAGGGUGGCACCCAUUGGACGCAAUGGGGACUAGUUCUAGGAGAGAUUUUGAAAUCCAUCUAAGCUAAAACCAGUUUCGGGUUGCGAGAGAAACAAGGUCUCACAAUGAUAGACUAUUAGAGACAAUGGCUUUUUUUGACCUAACUGACAGAAUUUCAGUUGAGCUAUAAAGUUGUAGCACUCUCUAGAUUUUUUUGGCAAAAUAGCUAUCUUGACACAGAGGAGGUGAUGUCUAACGCACGUCAAUUUGUAUCAGUAUGGAGUUUCACACAUAAUUAGCGUAGGUCUAUUCUUGAAGAACACUUCUACUUGAAAUUGAAUAUCCUAAGUUAUGGAACUGUUCUUUUCUGGGUCAGCUGUUAAGAACAUUCACAUCCCAUUUUGUAUACUUUCUCUAUAUUUGCUCUUUAAAAGGUUACAUUUUUUGCUUUA